CGCCAUCGCUGCUUCCUGGGCGCGGCGUGCCGCACCCUGCUCGAGGUUGGCUUGCUUCCGCCUUCCCUCGCCUCCCUCGAGCUCUCCCUCCCGACGACGACGCACCAUGAGCGACUCGUCCUCCGCUGCACCGCUCUCAAAGACCGCGUCCGUGUACCGCGGCGUGACGUGGGAGCGGGAGGUGCGCUCGAGCCCUACUUGGUCAACGCGGGCAACUCGAUCGUGUUCAGCCUCAUGGGCCUCGGCUGCAUCCUCGCGCCCGUACUCGUCAACAAGCUCGGCGUCAAGCGGGUCCUCAUCCUCGGCUCGCUCGGCUGGUCCGUCUACACGGCCGCUCUCUACCAGAACAACCGCUACGGGACCGAGUGGUUCGUGAUCCUCGGUGCCGUCAUCUGCGGCAUCUCGGCGGGCUUCUACUGGGCGUCCGAGGGAGCGAUCCUCUUGAGCUACCCCGAGCCGCACACGCGCGCCCGCAUGUUGGCGGUCUGGCUCUUCUUCAAGAACUCGGGCCAGAUCAUCGCCGGCGCGAUCAACUUGGCGACCAACGUCAAGAACGCCAAGGGCGGCAAAGGUGCGCUCACCCUCAUCUCGUUCAUCGCGCUCCAGGUGUUCGCUGUCCCGGUCGCAUUCCUCGUCUCGGGCCCGGAAAAGGUCAAGCGCUCGGACGGCUCGAGCAUCACGCUCCCGAACCAGACAUCGACCAAGGAGCAGUUCCGCCUGCUGUGGCGCACCGUGUCGAGCAAGAAGGUCGGCUGCUUGCUGCCCAUCUUCUUCGUGCGUCGCUCUCUCUCUCUCUACUGGGGUCUCGCGUCGUCGCACCUGACGCUCUACUACAGCGUCCGCGCUCGCGCCCUCGCCUCCUUCCUGUCGGCCAUCUGCGGCGUCAUCAUGACGACCCUCCUCGGCUUCUUCCUCGACAACCAGCGUAUCGCGCUCGUCACGAGGGUGCGCGUCGGCGGCGCGGCCGUCUUUACCCUGUUUCUCGGCAUGCUCGUGUGGGCCCUCGUCAUCCAGCACGAGUUUGAGACGAACAACCCGGGCAAGCUCGACUGGACAUCGGCAGGAUUCGGACGAGGCUUCGGCAUGUACGUCAUGUUGAACGCGGCGGGCAACGCCCUCCAAAACUACCUCUACUGGAUCAUGUCGCUCCUCGCCGCCGGCGACGUCUCGACCGCGACCCGGUACGCCGGCCUCCUUCGCGGCAUCGAGUCGUGGGGCCAGUGCUGCGCAUUCGGCAUCAACUCGAGCAAGUUCUCGCUCCUGUACACGGUCGUCAUCAACCUCGUCUUUUACGUCGUCAGCCUGCCGUUCGCGCUCGUCACGUUGCGCAAGGUCGGCGUCGUCGAGGGCUACGGCGCGACGGGAUCUGUAGAGGACGCGAGUGCAGUGGCUGAGGCGAUGGCUCGCUCGUCGUCGUCGGACGACGCCGCGAGCGUCGAGGAGAAGAAGGUCGAGGUCUGAGCCAGGGCCGGUCUCUCUUUGCACAGUCUCGAGGGCGCAGCUUAAUUUCAUGUGUAUCGCUGCU